AUGUCUGCUACUACCCGCAGAGGAGACCCCUUGAAACCAGCGGCGAGAGUCGCGACACAGAAGCAGGAUGUCUGGUCCAUUGUCAACGAAGCUGCCGCGGCCUCGCCUGUCCAACCCAUUGUCAACAUGGGCCAGGGCUUCUUUGGCUACAACCCUCCCAAGUUCAUCCUCGACGCCGCAAAAGCCGCCCUUGAUACCGUAGAUGGCAACCAAUACUCUCCCACAAAGGGCCGUCCACGAUUGAAGAAGGCCAUUGCCAAUGCCUACUCGCCCUUCUUUGGCCGCACGAUUAACCCAGAGACCGAAGUCACAAUCACCACGGGCGCUAACGAAGGCAUUCUAAGCGCCUUCAUGGGCUUCCUGGAGCAGGGCGAUGAGGUCAUAGUUUUCGAGCCCUUCUUCGACCAGUACAUCAGCAACAUCGAGAUGCCCGGCGGGAAAGUCGUCUACGUGCCCAUGCACCCUCCAAAAGACGGCGCCACGAAGACUACUUCGGCCGCAGAAUGGACGCUCGAUAUUGCAGAAUUCGAGGCAGCAAUCACUCCCAAGACGCGCAUGAUUGUCAUCAACACACCGCACAAUCCCCUUGGCAAAGUCUUCUCCAAGGAAGAAUUGCAGGCCAUCGGCGACAUCUGCGUAAAACACAACAUCAUCAUCCUCUCCGACGAAGUCUACGACCGCCUCUAUUACGUCCCCUUCACUCGCGUCGCCACUCUGUCUCCUGAAAUUGCACGGCUUACACUGACGGUCGGCUCCGGCGGUAAAAACUUCUACGCAACGGGUUGGCGCGUGGGCUGGCUCAUCGGCCCAGAACACCUUAUUAAAUACGUAUCGGCAGCACACACUAGAAUCUGCUACAGUAGCGUAUCCCCACUGCAAGAAGCCACCGCCGUUGGCUUCGAACAAGCCGACGCGCACAACUUCUGGGACGAAUCCAAAAAGGAAAUGAGGGCCAAAAUGGACAAGUUCACAGCUAUCUUUGACGAACUGGGCCUUCCUUACUCGAACCCCGAGGGUGGCUACUUCGUCCUGGCCAACAUGGCCAAGGUCAAAUUCCCCGAUGAUUACAAGUUUCCGACUCAUGUUGCGGAUCGGCCGAGGGACUUUAAACUUACCUGGUUCUUGAUCUCAGAGGUCGGUGUGGCGGCGAUACCACCGAGCGAGUUCGUCACGCCCGAGAAUGCCCAUAUGGUGGAGGAUUGGCUGCGGUUUGCAGUUUGUAAGAAUGACGAUGUGCUGGAGACGGCUAUGGAGCGACUGAGGGGCUUGAAGCCGUAUAUCAAAUAA